UCAAUGGCAAAUAACAACACACCCACACUUAAGCUAUAUUUUUCUAAAACUGACUUUUUUUAUCUGCUUUUGAAACAGGUGAAUGUCUCAAAAAAGCCAUUGUGUCUCGCGUAAACGGGCACCACAAGGACGUACCGCGUCUCCCCAUCAUGCCGUAACCUGGGUUCGCCAUUCCACCAUAUACUUCAGCAGAGAGACCAGAUACGUCCCUCGGGUCCGAACAGAUGCUUGAAGCGCCGAACACUGGAGAGGCGCGGAGUCGCGCGUCUCACCUUGCGCUCUCAACACAACGCAUCGGGCAUCCACAUCCUUAACUCACGACUGCAGCACCCGAACAACUCUUUGCUUAAACAAAUGACAUGGCUGUAAUGGAUAAAAGGAUUUUGCAUAUCUGAACCCUUUCCGACAACAAUUGCAACUUAAGAUCUCACCGCACUUGGUUAUCCAAGUGUUCUCCAGCGCGCAAAGUUCAGGCGCAUUCAGAGGAACUUUGGAGCGCGGGAAUCCGGAGGACUAAUUUUAGACUUUCUGAACCGGCUCAAUUUCCCCUCCAGGAUUCCCUUUUAAAUUUGCUUCACAUUCUCUUCUCUCUGUAGGUGAUGCUUUCCUCGGGAUCGUUUUUGCGCAAAGGGAAAUUAUCCGCCUUUGAUUGUGCCCGGUUGUUUUUUCUCACAAUGAGAAGCAAAUGAGACGGUUAUCCCACCACUUUCAUUGACAGCCCAACGACAGGAUGCGGGAAAGGGAACUGCAGUGUGUGGGCAGGAGGUUGCUGCUGUUGGGCAUCUGUCUGCUGUCUCUAUGGGGUCAGCUGAGUCUGGCCUCAACACACCGCAGUCAUAUUGUGCACGUCAAAGCAGGAACCUGUGAGGUCAUCGCAGCCCACCGCUGCUGCAACAAGAAUAAAAGAGAGCGUUCCCAAACUGUCAAGUGUUCUUGCUUCCCUGGGCAGGUUGCAGGGACGACAAGAGCAGCUCCCUCCUGUGUGGACGCUUCUAUAGUAGCACAGAAGUGGUGGUGUCAGAUGCAUCCUUGUAUGGAGGGCGAGGAGUGUAAAGUUCUGCCCGAUCUGAAGGGCUGGAGCUGCAGUACGGGAAACAAAGUCAAGACAACUAAGGUCACGCGAUAGUCUGGGAUCAAUACACAUUUGGGACUAGCAGUGUUUUUGGAUCAAAGAAAUGGAAAUGAAGAUACAUUGACUUCAGUCUACUUCACAACUAUUGGAAGUUCUUGGACCACAGCUGAAUACUGAUAUUCCUUGGAAUGGACCAUUUAAACACAUGGAUAAUACUUUUUCUCUAUCUCCCUAUAUUUUGGGUCUGCCACACUCCCAUCUUUGUUUUAUAUUCCACAUUGUUGGACAAGUUCAUCACACGCAAUGUAAAGUAAAUAUUCCAUGAAUCAUCACGAUUGCGGAUCGGUUUAGAGACACAACGGAUUAUAUUUCCUUCUGAAGCAAAUGUGGACUUGAAAGGUUCACUUACUACUUGAAUCAUUCGUGUUUCAGAAGCACUAAUAUUCAGUUCCCUGUCCUUUGAUGCCAAUAUUUUCUUUCUUCUACUAUGGCGAGAUCUUUUGAUCAGCGUGGGAUGUAUGAUUUUCGGAUUUGCUUUUGGGGCACUCUGCUCCAUUUUGAAAUGGACUCGUGCAAGCGAGAGGCAAGUAUAAAGAAAAGAAUUACAGUUAUUAAUAAUGGAUGAAAAGCCGAAGUGGUCUGGUGGACCAGUGAAAAUGAAGAUAGCAAAAAGAUUUAUUGUUUGUUUUUAAGAGCCUCGGUGGCCGCUGUUGAGUAAAAGUGUCCGUAUUAUCUCCAAUAAAAGUAUCUCUAUGGGAAAUCUCA